UGGAUGCGUCAUUUUGUCCGGUUCUGUACGUGUUGCCGGGAGGACGGUCCGAGCUCGGGGUUGGACUCGAGUCAGCAAUUGCGCGGAACGGGGUCCGGCUUCGCGAGUGGAGGAGUGCUCCGAUUGGGUCGUCGACUGCCAUUCUGGAAGCCCUCAGCGGAGAUCCGAAGCGAGUCGAGCUCGAUCUCCUUGGUACUCGCCCCGUGCUUCCAAAACCCUAACUCGAUCUCAGAUCUCAGUCUCUUUUACUAGGUUUUUGUUGCUAACUCAAAGGGAUUGCAGCUCGGAUCCUCCGUAGUCUAGUGUUUGAUUUGGAGGAUGCAGCACAUUCCAGCGACGAUUGACGACCAGCUUUUUCUGAAGGCUAUUAGGGAAGAGAGCCCAUGGGAGAACCUGCCGAAGAGACUUCAACUGACGUUGACUUCAAAAGAAGAGUGGCAUAAAAGAAUCAUAGACUAUUGCAUCAGGAAGCGUCUACAAUGGAAUCAAUGUUUUGCACGUAAAGUCUGUAAAGAGGGAGAAUAUUAUGAAGAAAUGAUGCGCUAUCUGCGUAAGAAUCUUGCUUUAUUUCCCUAUCAUCUUGCAGAAUAUGUGUGUCGUGUACUGAGGGUGUCACCUUUCAGAUAUUACUGUGACAUGAUCUUUGAAGUUUUAAAGAAUGAGCAGCCUUAUGAUAGCAUCCCCAAUUUCAGUGCCGCAGAUGCUCUGAGGCUUACAGGAAUUGGACGUAAUGAAUACAUUGAUAUUAUGAACAAGUGCAGAUCAAAGAAAAUUAUGUGGAAGCUGAACAAGUCAAUUGCUAAGGAAUUGCUGCCCACACAGCCUGUAGAUUUCCCUGUCGAACCAUGGUGGGGAGUUUGCCUUGUUAACUUUACAUUGGAAGAAUUUAAGAAACUCACUGAAGAAGAAAUGGCAACUAUAGACAAGGUCUGCAAGGAGGAAGCAAAUUCAUUUGUUCUUUUUGAUCCUGACAUUGUUAAAGGUCUUUACAGAAGGGGAUUAGUAUAUUUUGAUGUUCCUGUUUAUCCUGAUGAUCGGUUUAAAGUUUCCAGGCUGGAAGGAUUUGUUUCAAACAGGGAACAGUCCUAUGAAGAUCCAAUAGAAGAGUUAUUAUAUGCUGUUUUUGUUGUCUCGAGUGAGAAUGCUACCGUUGCUGAGUUGGCUGCAACCCUCCAGGCUGACCUUUCUCAGCUCCAGGCUGCUGCAUCAUUUGCUUGCCGAUUAGGCUGGGCUGUAAAACUUUUGGAUCCGGAAUCCAUCCUUCGAGAUUCUGUCAUGCCUGGCUACCCUAGUAAUAUACUAAGUGAUGAUGAAGAGGCUUCUACUGCUAGCAUCAACUCAGAAAAGUCUGGCCAGCAUAGUCAUGAUCUAGUAAUUGAAAAGGAUAGAAUGAUUUCAGGCACUGCUCAUGUUGCUUUUGUUGUUGAUGCCAAUAUUACUUCCUAUUUAAUGAUGGGAUCUGUCUCACCAGGGUUGAAGUCUCAUGCUGUAACACUAUAUGAAGCAGGAAAACUUGGUGAUUCUAGUAUUGCAGAACUUUGCAGGGAUCUCUCAACUUUAGAGGGAAAAAAGUAUGAGGGUGAACUACAGGAAUUUGCUAACCAUGCAUAUAGCCUUCGAUGUGUUCUAGAGUGUCUUCGAUCUGGUGGUGUAGCUUACAAUGAGAAGUUUGACAUAGCGAGUAAUCCAACUGAUACACAUUCCUUCAUUGAUGACAUUACUUCAGUUGCAGCCGAAAUUAGCAUCUCUGAGGAAUCUGGUGAUUCUAAUGUAAAUGAAGCAAAUCAUGAUGACUCUUUGGAACACGGUCAUACUGAAGUUCCCCAGCCUGAUUUAUCUCCAGACAAAUCUGACUCUGUAAAUGGUUCUACUCCUGUAUGUUCAGGUACUUCAGCUGAAAAUAACACAUGCAAACCUGAUUAUAAUUUACAGAAUGAUCAGAGAGUUACGUACUCAGGUGGUUCAGAAAAUGAAAGGACUGUUCUAAAAAGAAAAAGGAAGUACCGUGUUGAUAUUCUUCGUUGUGAAAGCUUGGCCGCUCUUGCACCAGCAACACUAGAACGACUACUUCUUAGAGACUAUGAUAUCAUUGCAUCUAUGGUUCCACUUCCUGCCUCAUCAGUUUUACCUGGACCUUCAGGUCCAAUCCAUAUUGGACCACCCUCAUAUUCUUCAAUGACGCCAUGGAUGAAACUAGUUUUGUAUAGACUGAUGGUUAGCGGACCUCUGUCAGUUAUUCUGAUGAAGGGGCAGUGUCUGAGGUUUCUUCCUGCACCAUUAGCUGGUUGUGAAAAAGCACUAAUAUGGUCGUGGGAUGGUUCCAUAGUAGGAGGUCUAGGAGGCAAAUUUGAGGGAAAUUUGGUUAAUGGAAAUGUGCUUUUGCAUUGUUUAAACUCCAUGCUUAAGCAUUCAGCUGUUCUAGUACAACCCUUAAGUAGAUACGAUCUUGAUAGUUCUGGAAAGAUUGUCACAGUGGAUAUUGCAUUGCCGCUUAAGAACUUUGAUGGAUUGGUUCAACCUGUAGGGCUAGACAUGAAAUUAGACCAGGAGAGAAUUGCAAACUUAAAUUCAUUGUUAAAUGAUCUCUCAAGCAAAAUUGAGUUAUAUACAGUAGGUUACGUUCGCCUUAUACGACUCUGGAAGGGAAUACAAUCAGACGUGUUAACACCAGAUCAUGAACAAUAUGAAUGGGUUCCUUUGAGCUUGGAAUUUGGUAUUCCUCUAUUUAGUCCCAAAUUAUGUGGCAGAAUUUGUGAAAGGAUAGUUUCAUCACAUUUACUACAAACAGAUUCGCUUAGUGAGCACAAUGUUGCAAUGCAAAGUCUAAGAAGAAGAUUACACGAAUUAUGUUCUGAAUACCAAGCAACAGGUCCUGCUGCAAAGUCGUUUCACCACAUGGAACAUGUGAAGAAAUCACCUCGUCAACUGACAAGCUAUGCAAGUGGUAGAUGGAACCCACUGUUGGAGCCUUCAACAGCAAUCUCUGGAACCUCCAGUGAACACCAGAGGCUCAAGCUUGCAAAUCGACAAAGAUGCCAAACAGAGGUUCUGAGUUUUGACGGGAACAUACUCAGGGCCUAUGCGCUUAGUCCUGUAUAUGAGGCCAUUACACAACCUGAUGAAGGGUCGACCCUUGCCAGUGGAGUGAAACAUGAAUCCGAUGAGCUAGACAGCAGAGAAGUUGUCCUACCAGGUGUUAAUCUAUUGUUUGACGGGUCACAGUUGCACCCAUUUGAUAUAGGUGCAUGUUUGCAGGCUAGGCAACCUAUAUCACUAAUAGCAGAAGCUUCAGCAACAUCUGCUUCUCUUCAGGCAACCAGGAUACAAAAAUAACUUGUUCUUGAACUAUUUUCCAUGUACCAAUUCAAUUGGUGAGGCUGGCAUUUCUUCUAUCGGUUGUUCAGAUCUCUUUCUGCAUCACCAAUGAUUUGUUAUUUCAAGUUCUGAAAAUUUUCUGUUCCAGGGGUUCUUUAUUCGGGCAGGUGAGUCUGGUUGUGUCCCAGUAAUCUAUAUCAUAGAGGUUACUUGCUGAAGGUUGAUGAUGAAGAGAAGUGGUUGGUAAAAGAUAUUUUAAAUGCUCAAAUAGACAUGUGCUUACGAUCAGUUAUACCUGGGGAGCCCAGAAGUCUUAUGAUGUGAAUUAUAGUUGCUUUAAGCAGUUUUUUGGAAGAUUCUAUUGGUUCAGAAUAAGAUGUUCAAACCUUUCUUAAAAGUUUUCAGGGAAUUAGUGACACAGUAAAAUGAGUAUGAAAAUUAAAAGAAAAUAGAGGCGUUGUGGGCUUCUUUUCUAUUUAGUUUAUCGGCCAUUUCAUGUAUGCAUACAUUUCUUCUGAUAGUUUCGUCAGAUUGAGUCAUAAUUCAACUCUAUUAUUCUUUCUUUUAA